AUGCCACCAAUAAUCGACCGUAGAAGCAAGCUGGCCAAUUUAGGAGUUGAUCAGUUUGCCUAUUCUGCCUCCUCUCUUUCUUACUCUCUACCUGUCUCGUUUGCUUUUUUUUUUUUUUUGCUUUCGUCUACUCAGUUCCACUCUCUUUUAUUCUUUGACUUUCUUCUAUGGUUUCUUUCUUUGUUUCCGGUCUUCGUUAUUCUUUGCCUCCCCCUCUCUUUCUCUUUCUUUAGUUUCUUCUUUUCUUUUAUAUCCUUUUCUUUUUUGUCAUACUUUCUCUUUUUCCUUUUUCGAAUUAAAUUCUUUCAGUCACUAUCUCCUUGUUUUAUACUUACACACAAUUCUCUUUCUCUCUUAGUCACUCACUCGAUCUUCCUUAUCAUCUUCUUUCAUCUCUUUUCUCUUUCCGUCACACUUCUUACCCUUUUUCUUUUUCGUCUUCUUUCUCAGUUUAUUUCUCUUCUCGGUCACCUUUUCCCCUCUCUUAAUCUUCUUUGUAUGUUUUCCCUCUCAGUCGCUCUUUCUCUUCUCUUACUCUUUCUUCGUCUUAAAUCACUCUUUCCUCUUUCUACCUCUUUCUUUGUCACUUCUCUCGGUCACCCUUACUUUCUCUUCCUCUUUGUCAGUUCCAUCUCUAAAUCACUCUUUCUCUUCUCUUCCUCUUCCUCUCUCCAUUUGGUUGUCCUUUCUCCUUUCUUCCUCUUUCUUUGUCUGUUGGUUGUUCUUUCUCCCUUCUUCUUCUUUGUCUUUAUCAUCAUCAUCAUCAUCAUCAUCAUCAUCAUCAUUAUCUUCUCAGUCUUUCUUAUUAUCUUUCUACAAGGUCUCACCUUUCAGUUAUGUUCUGUAAUCAUUCAACCACUCUCAACCCAAUCUGUAUUUCUCUUCUUAUUUCUUCUUUUUCUUCCACUCUUUCUUUUUGGCUUUCCUAAUUGUUCUUUCUCACUUUUCUAUUCCUCAUCUUUCUCUCUCUCUAUUUUCUAUUCCUCUUCUCAUUCUCUUUUCCAUUUUGCAUCUUUCUCUCUUUUCCAUUCUUUUUCUUCUCUCUUGUUUUUCCAUUCCUCUUCCCUCUCCUUUUCCAAUUCUUAUAUUUCUCUUUUUUCCAUGUUUUCUCUUUUUUGCUUUUCCAUUCCAGAUCUUUCUUUCUUUUCCAUUUUUCAUCUUUCCCUCUUUUUUUAUUCAUAUUCUCUCUCUCUCUUUUCUAUUCCUCAUCUUUCUCUCUUUUUUUUAUUCCUUCACUUUUCUUCUGUUUUUUUUUUCCAUCCUUUUCCAUUUUCAAAUUCAUCUUUCACAGACGUUACUCUCCCUCAUAACUUCCUCCUUGUUCUGAGCUUCUUCCUUUCUCACUCAUACAAAUCUUUUUUCCUGUUUUCCUUUCUACAAGCAUUUGGUUUUCUUUUUACUUAUCUUUAUAGCCCUGCUUCUGCACAAGUAUUGCACACUACCUUUCUUUCUUUCUUUCUUUCUUUUUCUUUCUUUCUUUCUUUCUUUCUUUCAUCUUUAUAA